AGGAGGCAAGCGUGUUUCUAAAUCGCAAACGGCGCCAUCUGUGUCUCGCGACCUUAGCCAACAAUACGGUUUCAUGGCGCCGCAAAAAUGAGCGAUCUGAAAGAGCAAGUGCAAAAGAACGUUGUGAAUUUGUGCUCGUACUUGGAUCAGCAUGUCGCAAUUUGGCGGGAGGCCUUACAGGAAACUGAAAGUGCAAUUCGGGCUUUGGGCAACCUGGCGGAGCAACUGAGAUGUACCGAAAGAACGCACUUGGAGGCAGUCGAAAAUUUCCAAGAGAUGAAAGACUCAGCCAAAUUCAGUAUUUGGAACGGAAUCGAGUUGGAGAUUGCAACGAUCAAAGCCUCAAUGGAGAAGAUGGAAAAAACUAACAACAACCUAAAGCGUAAGCUGUUCAGUUUGGAGAAGCUAACGUUGGAUCUGGACUGGGACGAGCGGCAUCCGUUAAUAAACGGAGGCCCGACCCAACCGCCUCUGUCCAAAAUUCUAUUUUUGGGCCUACAAUUUUGGCAAUUCUUCGACGGGAUCUUCCAGAAAAUCUCUUCCGCUUACAAGUCGCUCGAUGUGUACUGCGAAAGGUCGACGUCGAACCUUGCGAACUCACUUAGCGUCGAUUUAAAUGUUAAUUCCGUUAACGAGCUGAUUGCGUUAACGCAAUACGUUAACAAUUCCGAUGCGAUUGAUUAAUAAAUUUCGUUAACCGUA